AUGCGCGAAUCCAUUAUCAAGGCAUGGCAUGCGUAUUUCAAGGUCCUAAAACAGGAAUUAGCGGGAGGCCAUUGGACUCUCGAUAACUGCUCGCUCAACGAUGCUUUCCUCAGAGAACUCGAGUUACUUCUACGCCCUCGCGACGUUGAAUUUAAUCACAAGGAGAAUCAUAUAAGAUGCUUCCCACACGUUACCAACAUAUGUUCGAAUCACGUCAUUGAUGCAUUUACUGAUAUCAGCCUGGUAGAUGAUGCAGGGGGAUUUGUCGCAUCCGCAUCAGGCCCUCCAAGCGAUCCCGAUAAUCAGAGCUACGAAGAAGCGGUUGCUCGCGACCCAAUUGCAUUAGAGCUUGCGAAACUUAGACUUACUGAUAUGGAAUGGACUGUACUCCAGGAUUUUGAGAUCGUACUGGGUGUACCUCAUCAAGUGCAGAAAAUCAUGUCGAAAGAGCGCACUCCUGUUUUAUCAGGCACAAUUCCUGCGUUCAAAAUGUUCAUGACGGCAUGGGAGCAACUUGGGACAGCACACCCCCGCUUGGCCCGAUGGACAGAUAUCGGUAUCGACUGGGCGACAACUUACUACAAGAAAAUGGAUGAUUCGCCUGCCUACGUUAUUGCGAUGUUUCUCAAUCCCUCAAUACGAUUGUCAUGGAUUCGACGACACUGGGAGCCUAAUUACGUUGCCAGGGCCACCGUAAUUAUAAAAAAUACCAUGCGAAAAUACCAUGACCGUCUUCAUGGACAAGUUCAACAACCUACACCUGGUACAGCAGCCUCGCAGCAAGAGAGGCGAAGCUGGCAUGAUUUAGCUGGACAAUACGGGCUCGAAGAUAUGAUGGACGUUACAGGUGCUUCUUCGCAGCAGGUCCAAGGUGUUGAAGAACAAUUUGAGUUGUACGAAAAUGGGCCGCUCUCACCGCGUGGCACAGAUAUUGUAGGGUUUUGGGCGAUAAGUGAUAAAACUCAUCCAACAUUGUACGCAAUGGCAUUAGAUUAUUUGCCCAUUCAAGCAUCCUCGGUUCCUUCCGAGCGCGUUUUUUCAUCCAGUGCCGAAACUGAUACAAAGCGGCGAAAUCGAAUCCACCCUGUUCUAAUGGAGGCGCUUCAAAUGUUAAAGUUUUCGCUCAAGCAGCAACGGCUAAACUUUACGGAGGGAUGGGCUGUCACAGAAGACGAACUCGAGUACUACGCAGAUGACAACGAAGAUUCAGUGGAUUUGUUAGGGAAGCUAACUUCAGAAAUUACGGAGGAUGGUAUAGAUAUUGAUGAGGUAAUUCACGUUAUUGGACAGGAUGACGAGGAUUGA